AUAUUUACCCCCAAAUUUUGCGGGAUAUUGAACUAUAACAGCAUUGUCAACACUCCGAAGUCGGAUUAAUUGGUGACCAGGCUGCAGGGUCCUUGAAGAUGUCUUCAUUAGUAGCCUAUGACGACUCAGACUCAGAGGACGAUUCCUUGGAUCAAAAGGAGGAAGGAACAUCAGCUUCUGUCCAAACUGUGUCUUGUGAGCAAAACCAAGAAAGUGCAGGAUGUUCUGACUUUGAAGUAAUGUCCAGCUCUGCGAGUUUAGCCUCUGAUCAGGCAGUUUUGGGAUAUCAUGGAUGUACCUCAGGAAGAAGCAGUUCUUUGUUGCAUCUUUAUUCUCAACCACAAAGCCAAACAGACUUGGAAAGAGAAUAUUGUAGUGAAAGUAAAGACAAGAUUGCUAGAGACAGUGCAGCUUUUUGUAGUUUACCUGUGACUCAGGAGGAGAUUGCACCCCUGCAGGCACCUUCUUGCAUUCCAAAAAGCUUCAGCAAUGGGUCUAACCCAACAAAAAGACAACUGUCUGGUGUCAGACCAUACAUCCCUAAGAGACAGAGACUUGCCACUUCGGUAGAGACGACAGACCCAAAGUACCCAUCAGUGCAAGUACUGGGGAGUCAGAGCAAGGAAAGUAAGAUUUUCUCUGAUGUGUCAGCUAGAGUGAAGCCCUAUCUUGCUGAAAAGCCCAGAGCAGCAGGAAUUCCCAGGAGGGUUCUAAUGAGCCUGGGUGGACACCAGGGCCCAGUCAACACAGUGCAGUGGUGUCCUGUCCCUCAUGUGAGUCACCUGCUGCUGUCUGCCUCCAUGGACAAGACUUUCAAGGUGUGGGAUGGAGCAGAGAGUGGACGAUGCCUCAGGGUUUACACCUGCCACUCGGGAGCUGUGCGCGAUGCCUGUUGGACCCCCUCUGGGCGACAGCUCCUCACCGGCUCAUUUGACAACAUGGCUGUGAUCACUGACGUGGAGACGGGGCAGCAGGCAGUGAAAUUGGACAACCAAUUCAAAGUGAUGUGUGUAGCCGUGCACCCCAGCAGCCCUGAAGUAUUCCUGUGUGGAGGUUACAGUUCACUGGUGAAGGCCUGGGACUCACGCAGUGCCAAGGUUGUGAAAGUGUACAAAGCAGGUAUCCAGCAGACUUUGGACAUCCUGUUUUUGAGAGGUGGACUGGAUUUCAUAACAAGCUCAGACUGUGUUAGCAGAGACUCUGCAGACCGUACCCUCAUCGCCUGGGACUAUCAGACCACAGCUAAAGUCUCCAACCAGAUCUACCAUGAGCGUUACACAUGCCCGAGCCUGGCUCUUCAUCCGCUUGAGGAGUCCUUUGUCGCUCAGACCAAUGGGAACUACAUGGCAGUGUUCUCUUCUCAAAAGCCCUACAAAAUGAACAAGAGGCGACGAUUUGAGGGACAGAAGGUGGAAGGAUAUGCUGUACAGUGUGAGUUUUCUAUGGAUGGAACUAUACUGGCCUCAGGUAGCUCCACUGGCUGUGCUCACUUCUUUGACUACCACAAUGCUUAUAUGCUGCACACACUCCAGGCCCACAGCCAGCCUUGUCUGUGUGUUUCUCAGCAUCCCAUCCUACCUGCAACUGUGGCCACCUGCGACUGGACGGGUGAGAUCAAGAUCUGGCACUGACAGCUGGGUGUGUGGAGACGUGAAUAUAGAUUAAAAUACAGUUGCAGGCGGGCCAGAGAAUAAUACUGAUAAGCUCAAAAUGUUUGCACAAACUCUGUCUCUAAUCAUUUUUUUUACAUGUAAUGAUAAGAACUUUGCACAAAAGUGCUUGAAGCCAGCAGACAGAGCCAAGUGAUGUCUUUUCAAAGCAUCUUUUUACACUGUGUAUCCUGUAAAGCUCUUUUUUUUUUUUACUUUCUCAGUUAUUCUUAUUAUCUGAAUUUGUCUGUCAGCAUGUUAUUUAUGAUUCACUGAUAUGUUCACAUCAUUUUAAUCCUGUCAAGAUAGUUUAAGUUUUAUUUGAAGUGGUAGAUAGUGGGGAAAGUGGCAUGUGUGCACACAUACACACACAACACAACAACAAUCUUAAUGCUUUUACAGUUGCCUGUCUGCUCCAAAUUUAAAUGGGGAUGUUAUCAUUAUUUCAUUCUAAAAGGUUUUGUCAAAACAAAAGGAAAAAAAAAAUGUAAUCAUGAAAUGCAUUUUUUUUUCAUACACACCAUUGUCCUUUUGUCUCCCUGGCACUUAAAUAACAAUUCCUUCACAAUUCCAGAUUAAAAUAUCACACGGAGGCAGCCAAAGCCCUGAAAAUUAGGCUGUCAUCUGUCAAAGGAUUGUCAAGUCCUGCCAGGCGACAACAGAACACUGAAGCACAUGGAUAGAAACUUCUGAUAUUUAUUCAGUAAGCAAUGGAAAUAUCUUCAAAAACACAACAUUGCUGUUUUCUGCACACAGUGGAGUUUUGCCAUUUUUAGUUAUUUGCAUUUUCUUAUUUACAUUUAUAGUUUGGUAUAGUUAGAUUAAAAAUUAAGGAAUUUAAGCUGUAAUGUCUAAAAACUACCUCCAACAAGUAGUCCGCUAAAGGUAAAUCUGCACAUGCACACAUCAGUUCUCAUACAAUUCAAAAUUCAGAAAGUUUGAUUGGUUGCUAAGUUAGUAUGCAUCAGUUCACACAAAGUCAGUUCAUGGGAAUUUUAAACAUGUUAAAACAAACGAAUAAAGUAUGUAAAAUAAUAUUCCCUGAGAUCUUCAAUGUAUUUCCAAACACCCAUCUUUAUUAGGUAAAUAAACAUACAGCAAAAAUAUAUAACCAUGCAUCAGACAAACAUGUUGACAUUUAGACGGUUGGUCCUGGAACAGGGCUGGAGGUAGGACAGGACAGAACCACUUUAGCUUCUUCAUUCAGGGUCAAAACAUUCAAUAAAUAUAACAUCAACUGAAACUAGAUAAAAAUAGACAGUGUAAUAACUAUAUAUGUAGCAUCUCUUUUAUACACAUCCACAAGAAAAAUAUCAAUCCUUCUGUACAGUCAUGAAAUUUAAUUUCAAACAUUUUCCAUCCUGUUGAUACCUCAGCAAACCAAAUGAACAUAUAGUAUGAUUGAAGACUUUAUGUGGCCUGUGGUGUACACUUCAUGAACAUGACAGGGUCAAAACGUUGAAAACAGCUUUGUGUCAGUUAUUAGAUUUGCAGGAAUUGGAGAGG